GAAAUCAACAAAUUCAAUUGUUUGUUCUGUAAAGAAGAGAUAGUCGUCAUGUGGAUAUUACCCCUCAUCGGUUAUGUGGGUGUAAUACUGGGAUUUUCAUUUCUGACUCUGGCAAUCGCCUCGGGUCUCUACUAUCUAUCCGAACUUGUCGAAGAACACACCGUGCUUGCCAAGAAGCUCCUCACCAGACUCAUCUAUGCUGUCAUCGCCGUCCAAGUCCUACUCCUCGUCUUCGAUGGCUUUCCAAUGACCUUGAGCGCGCUGAGCAUCGCGUCGCAUCUCAUAUACGCGCAGAACCUUCGCAAAUUUCCAAUCGUGAAGCUCACCGAUCCGCUCUUUUUGCUCUCCUGUGCUCUGGUGAUAAUAAACCACUACGCAUGGUUCCGCCACUUCUCCGCGCCCCUCCCUGCCCCGCGCUACCCCUCCUCCUAUACAACAUACGGCCCUGACCCCUCCAUCCCCUCCUUCACGGAAAUCGCAUCCUACUUCGGGCUCUGCGUCUGGCUAGUCCCCUUCGCGCUCUUUGUGUCGCUUUCUGCCGGCGAGAACGUGCUUCCAUCCAUGGGCUCCGAGUAUGCGACUGGCGAGGGUAGCAGUUUUAUCAGUGCAGGGAAGGCGCCCGGAUUUGGUGGAGAUGUAGGCGGAAGUGGCGUUGGAGGUGCAGUAGACGCGGGUGCGAGUACAGGGCCGACGAAGAGGAGGGGACGGAGCGGGACGAACGCGGGGCUGGCUAAAGCAAGUGUGAAUCGCGUUCGGGAGUGGGUUGGUGAGACGGGCGAGGUGUUGGGAUUGUGGAAGGGAGAGAAGUCUAGACAUACUUUCUGAGUCGUCUUGGUUCCCUUCUUUUCUUAUUAUUCUCUCGUCUUUCGCCUGCCAUGAUGCGGGAUGUGUUUGUCGGUUGAGGCUGUUAGAGUAAAUCAACCAAAUACAUGUAUAGCGAUUGUGCAUUCCUAGCGUGUC